UGAUGCUUCAUCCCCUGGGGACGCCUCAUCGCCUCGUGACGCCUCAUUACCUCGUGACGCUUCAUCGCUUGGUGACGCUUCAUCGCCUAAUGAUGCCUUAUCACCCAGCGGGGGCUCAUCACCUAAUAAUUAUUUGCCUCCUGACAAGAAUAUAGCUGGUGCUAACGCAACACAAGAGGUCAAUGUCACCGUAAGUAAAUCUUCAACCAGGAAAAAAAAGAAAGAUGUUGUUGUGAUUGCCGGUGAUUCUUUAGUAAAGAAUAUGGUCGGAGCAUAUAUGAGUAAAGAUGAUGUUGGUCAUCACUACGUUGUGAAAGCGUUCCCGGGUGCAACC